CUUCUGACAGGUUAUUUUUCAAACUUCUAAAUAUGUGUUUCUGUUCUUUUUAUGGGUGAUACAUGAGCAACUCACAGUCACCACGAUGAAUUAUUAUCAGCAAUAUAGCAGAAAUAUUGUGUUAUUAAAUACUCCUUUAAUGCAACAGAAUAAAAUUACUUUAUCUUUAUUUAUUCAAUCUUUUUUAGGAAGUGUUUCCUUUUUCCGAAUCAAGGGUUUUAGGAUGGAGUAUGUAUGUAUGCUGUACAGAUUGCAAAGCGCUUCGAGGCUAUUGACUGUUAUCUGACACAGGAAAAAAAAAAAAGAACAGCACAUUUACUUAUUUUAUUGAACAAAAGUCUUAGAGAAUGGGUGUACUAUAUUCUGUACUAUAUUCUGUACUAUAUACUGUAUCUUGUAUCUUGCCAAUGAGUGACCUAUGAGAGAACCCUCAACAGGUGUGAAAUGUGUUGAGACCUUGGUCCACAUUUGCAAAUGAAGUGCACCAGAUGACAUAAUCAUUGUGGGUGAGGUGGGGGGGUGCAGUGGUGCAGAAGUGGGCCAACAUGAAAAUAGGGGCAUGAUAAGAGAACAUUUGGCACUUUAUGCCAAAAGGCAAGAACAGAUGGGGUCAGCAGAGAGGGGCAAGAGGGGAGGGGCGGGGCGGCCGGCUGAGCACACUGGGGUUGGUGGCAUAUAAAUAUAAGCUGAGGUGUGUCCAGGUGUCUUCUGAUCAUUUUCACCUGACACCAUGAGACUGCUGGCUCUGCUGCUGAUGGUUGGAGCUGCUGUGGCAGUUCCCCGUGAAGAUGGUAGGAUCAUUGGAGGGUAUGAGUGUGAGCCUCACUCUCGCCCAUACAUGGCCUCCCUUAACUAUGGUUACCACUUCUGUGGCGGAGUGCUCAUCAACAGACAGUGGGUGCUCUCCGUUGCCCACUGUUGGUACAAUCCCACUGCCAUGCAGAUCAUGCUGGGAGAACACGAUGUGCGGGUGUUUGAGGGUACCGAGCAGCUCAUGAAGACCGACAACAUCAUUUGGCACCCCGAUUAUGACUACCAGACUCUGGAUUAUGAUAUCAUGCUGAUUAAGCUCUUCCAUCCGGUGGAGGUGACAGAUGCAGUUGCACCCAUCCCACUGCCCUCAGGGUGCCCCAUAGGGGGGCUCCCCUGCUCCGUGUCUGGCUGGGGUAACAGCGCCAUGGAUGGCGAGGUGAACAUGCCCACCCGUCUGCAGUGUCUGGACGUGCCCAUAGUGGAUCAACAGGAAUGUGAGAACGCCUAUCCUGGCAUGAUCACACGCAGGAUGGUGUGUGCCGGGUACAUGGAAGGAGGCAGAGAUGCAUGCAACGGCGAUUCUGGCAGCCCUCUGGUUUGUCUCGGAGAGGUUCACGGCCUGGUGUCGUGGGGUCAGGGAUGUGCCCUGCCCAACUACCCCGGAGUCUAUGUCAAAGUGUGUGAAUUCCUCUACUGGAUUGAAGACGUCCUGGCAGCCAACCCCUGAAGAACUUAAUGGUUUUUCUUUUUUUUUUUUGUUCUUCACCACCCACCCAUUUGUUCCCCUCUGUUCUCUGCCCUACACAAACACACACAUUCCUCCUUUCCUUUACUGCCUUAACUUCUGUUUUUCUGUGUUUCACUGGUGCCUAUAUCCGGACUCAAUACACAAAAUAAAACCACUUGGUGUAUA